CUUUCUGUAGUACUAAGAGGUUACAAGUUUAUAAGCUGGCAGCGGUCUUCAGUGCAUUCUAUCCGCAGGUACGUCGAAUUUCAACGCUUUCUAACUUACAAUAACUUGGAGGGAAACAAGUUGACGUUGUAAGGCGGAUAUAUAGGCAAAUUGAUUUUCUGCCUCCAAACUAAAACUAAUGAUGUUUCAGUCCAUCAAAAAUUAUUAUAUAGAUGCGCCAACGGUACCGGUGUCUCCAAUAAGAUAUCAUACGUUAUCUUCAUUCAUUAUUUUCAUUCUACCGGAAAUUAAAUUGCGAAUGAAAGAUUAGUGAAAACGAAUAUGCUAUCGCGAUCGUUUCUCUCUGAUAACUUGUGUUAUUAGUAUAAUACGAACAAAUGAAGGAACCGGGCAGAAAAUUGAAAAAAGAUAUUUCUGAAAGUUAUCUUUUUUUAUCGGGACAGUCCGACGUUGAAGAAGUGCACUAGUUUUCUGAAUGAACAUGACAAACAAGCAACGCUUUCGUCAUAAAAGCAAACCAACAACAAAGACCAGUAAAUAUUUAUUUUAAGGUUGAGAAUACUUAAUGCUUCUAUGCAAAAAUGCUUAACCAUCACUUCAAUGCUUAGAUUUUUCACGUAUCACAAGGUUAUUUAUGGAGAAAAUAAAAAUGUCCUGCUGCAUUCCUUUUCCUUUUUCCAGUAUUUCCGUUCCUGUUCACGGCUUCAGUGACGUCCUGAAAUAUCAUCGAUUUAACAGAUGUGAACUUGGUUUAAAAAUGCAAAAGAAUUAAGGACUAUUGUUUCCUUUGAAUUCACAAUCGAUUCCUCUCAUCACACCCCAGGUUGGUAUCGAAUAGGAUUUUAGGGGGCCAUGGGUAUUCCCUUUAUUGAUUAUUUAUUCGGUCAUAAAAGUCUUAUCCUAUUCAACUUUAGCAACAAAAAAAACAGGAACUAAAGAUGAAAACAGAAAUCGAGUGGAUCAUAGCAGUUCUUUACGCUAUCACGAUGCUCGUGGCGUUUACAGGAAAUGGCUUUCUCAUCUACAUCGUGUGGAAGAAACCCGAAGUCAGAUCACUAACAAGCUUCAUGUUCGUCAACAUCGCCAUCGCCGAUUUGCUGGUAACGUUGAUUGUGAUGCCCUGGUCGAUUUUCAUGAUAUAUACCGACGGAUUGUGGAUGAUCCCGGGUGUAUUUGGAAAAGUCAUGUGCAAAGGUAUUGUAUACACUGCCUAUGUUUCUAUAACAGCAUCCGUCCUCUGCCUGACAUUCAUGGCGAUCGACAGGUACUAUGCCAUCGUUCAUCCCCUUCGCCGCCAUCUUUGGUUUCGAAAACCUAAACCAAUCGUUCCGUUUAUUUGGAUCGGGUCGCUGGUCUCCAUGUCCAUUUUCCCUGCUGUUCAAAAGGUGGAGGAUCACAAUGAUUCUUCUUAUUGCAUGCUAUCUGUUUACAACUUGGGUGAUUCAGAUAGGGCUCUUCGAGGAAUAUACCUCCUCCUCUUCGUCAUCAAUUAUCUCAUCCCCUUGGGCGUUAUUUCUUUCCUGUAUACCAUCACUGCAUGGAAUUUAUGGUUCCAUGUUGCACCUGGAGUGAAAUAUUUGAGAGGAAACCAAGCGCAACGCGAAACCUCCAAGAGAAGAGUGGUUCGGAUGCUCAUUAUUGUUACCUGUGCCUUUGCACUUUGUUGGCUCCCACCACAAGUGGUCCACAUGAUGACAGUCAUUCACGCAUCAAAGUUUGGGCUACAGCCGAUUGUCGGCUUUGUGUGUUUCUGGUUUGGACAUGCCAACAGUGCCGUUAACCCAUGGCUGUACAUUUUUCUGAGCACGAAGAUAAAUAUGGCAUUUACUAGGAUCGUCAGUAGAAAAAGCAGCCAGUUGCCUUCAAGUCUCACCAUCCAAACAUCGGAUGCCGUCCUACCACCUGAAUAA